AUGGGACUAUUAAGUGUGAUCACAACCGAGCUGAGACUUACAAGUUCAAUUGCUAAGGAAAACUGUGUGCUUCUGAUGCUCUGGGUGGCCAUCUUGCAUCUUCAACGCCUUGGAGACAAUGUCUUGCAUCUUGUUGUAUGCAAGUUCCAUGGCAGCAUUGGAUUCUGUUUAAUUGUGGGUUCUCACGCACAUGAUGUACUGGUAGCUAAUUUCGACAUAUCCGACCAUAGUUCCGACAAUGAAACGUCCAGUUUUUUCACCGGCUAUGAUAAUUUCAGUCAAGACCAAGAUAUUGCUGCAUUGGACCAGCGUUAUGCCACUCAAUCCAGCGGCAACACUGAUGACUGGCCAGAUAUUAUUGAGUCCAAGGAUGACAUUACCAUCUCACACUCAAUUGUAGAUUAUGACAUGUUACGUGUUUUCACUGGUGAUGAAAAAGUUCCAGUUGAGACCGCAGAACCAUUCAGCUAUGACACGUCAUCCUCGCCAUCGGCCCAACAAGCCUCAUUCGAUUGCAACUAUGACGAUGACGAUGGCAUAUCCAUGUCACAAGCCCUCCCUGUGACUGCCAACGCAUCUGCAAAACCAGUUGCUGAUACAUCCAAGCCCCCAAUGUUGUCGGUGCCCUUUGUCCAUUACAGUGAUGAGACCAGAUACCUGCAACAUGAGUUUUCACCCAGACAAUUGCCACAAACUUCAUUUUCUGACGAGGAUAAUGUACCUACCGAAGAAUAUCUUGCAGAAAUGAGUGAAGCAGACAAGGUAUUUCUGGGAUAUGGCCAUAUGUUAGCAGAAUCAAUGUAUAGAACAUUACUUGGUCUGUGCAAGCCAAGGCCGGCUUCUGGGCCGACCGUGACAAAUGAACCUGAUUCAAAGACAAACCAUCCUGACGGUCGCAUCUCUGUUGAUACACCAUUGCCUUGUGCUGUCGACCUCAUGUGCACAGGCAAAUCGGCUGAUGAUGUGUUCAUGGCUGAUCUGUACCUUGGGUAUGAGGAAGAUUACAUCGCAACCGCACCUCAAAACCCUCAAGUUUACCGGGCAGGUGUCGAGCAAUCCCCCCAGAUCCUAUUACCAGCCGAUCUUGACUUUGGUUAUGAGGGCGACUUCCUGCCAAUCACACCGUUAGAUCGUCCAGUACAUCCAACAGCAAUAGAGUCAUUACCUGACAUUGAAUUGCCAGCUAAUCUUGACUUUGGAUACGAGGAGAAGAUUUUCUCUAUGAAGUCAUCAGAUGAUGCCCUUCAGUCAACUCUUACGGAACCAUCACCUGACUGUGGUGAGACCAUCCAAACCACGUCUUCAGAUGAGGCUCUCCCCACUACAUCUUCAAAUCAUUUAGUCUGGCUAAAUGACAUCAAGGCAUCUACUGAUCCAUCACUGCCAGCCGAUCUGUGCUUGGGGUACGAGGAUGAAGCUCUCCCGACCAUAGCUUCAAAUAGCACAAUUGGACCAACACAUAUAAAUCCAUCGGCCAGCAUCACAUUACCAGGUGAUUUGUGCUUGGAGUAUGAGGAUGAGGCCAUCAUGAAAGAACUGUCGACGCAAGCUGUACUCGCCAGUCAAGUUGAGAACUUGGGUGACCGUGCAGCCCCACACGUGUCCUGGAAAUCCCCCAGGACGGCGGACGGCCUUCAAAACCACGAUCCUUUGUAUGCUGAUGCUGCAGAGGCCAUCGCCCAUGUCAUAGAUCACCUGGAGGUCAAUGAUGACCAUGAAAGUAUUGGGAAUUGCCGUGAAACCACGGCCAAAGAAAUGAUAUAUGCCAGACGUGUGGUGGAGGUUUCAUAUACUGAGCGAAGAGACAGCAUCACACAAGCAUGUAGAGAUCUGAGAUUGGAGGAGGAACAGGAUCGCAACAAUGAGGAUUGA